GUGGAAAAAUAUACAUCUAUUUAAGGAACACUCAUACAUUAUAGUAUUUGCCAAGAGGCAAGAGAAAUUUGUCUUAUAAUAUGGGAGGAUAUCAAAGCUUUGGUAUUAUCAUUCCUAUCUUUCUCACUUCCUUCCACAUCUUAACUCUAGUUAGUGCAACUCAUCCACUAGACCCCCUCACUCCAUUUGAGCUAACUCAAGUCCAAACCCUAGUCAAGAAAUCACACAAAAAUGUCACCUUUCACUAUGUGGGCUUGGAUGAUCCACCCAAAUCCGAGGUCCAAUCAUGCCUGUCGUCGCAAAAUCGCCCCAACAAUUUCCUAAAUUGCCCUCGCAGGGCAUUCGUUAUCGCGCGUACAAACUCCAGAAGCCACGAAAUUACGAUCGACUUGUCGAAAAAUUCGAUUUUAAACGACAAAGUGUAUAACGGAAAUGGCUACCCCAUGCUCAACAACGAGGAGCAAACGGAGGCGAGCGAGUUGCCACUUAAGUACCCGCCGUUUAAGGCCUCCAUAGCGAAAAGAGGGCUUAAUAUAAGUGAAGUAAUGUGUGAAGCCUUCACUAUUGGAUGGUACGGGGAGAUGAACACGAAAAGAGUGGUUGCGAUUAUGUGCUAUUAUAUCGAUGGUACGGUGAACUUCUACAUGAGGCCUAUCGAUGGUGUAAUGGCAACCGUUGAUCUUGAUGAGAUGAAGAUCGUGGAUUAUCGUGACCGUUUGAUUAGCUAA